UCCUUCCGCCAUUCCUCUGCUUUCUCUCCCUUUCUCUAAAUUCUCUGCUUCAAAGAUCCCCCAAAAUUAAAAAACGAAAAUUUCCAUUCUUUCGAUCAUUCUUCUCCCCUUUAAUCACAAAGUAAUUACUUCAAUUUCUUCCUAACAGAAACAGGAGGAAGAAAGAAGCAGGAAUCGGAGCAACAGAAAUGGGGUUUCCCGUCGGAUACACCGAGCUCCUCCUGCCCAAAUUCCUAAUCCACAUGCUCUCUAUCCUGUCCCUCCUCCGGCGACUCAUCAACGCGUUCUUCCGCGUCAUAGGCCUCCCCGAUUUCCUCGAACCCAACAUCUCCUGGUCGCCGCCGCCUUCUUCUUCUCCCGACGUUGACUCCUUCGCGCCGCGGUCGCCGGUCAGCGGCGGUGGGUUCCCGGAGUUCCAGCGCUCGGUGUCGGCGGUGCUGAUCCGCGAGAUCCUGCCGGUGGUGAGGUUCGGCGACCUGGUGGACCCGCCGGAGAGCUGCGCGGUGUGCCUGUACGACUUCGAGGCGGAGGACGAGAUUCGGGGGCUGGCGAAUUGCCGCCACGUGUUCCACAAGGGGUGCCUCGACCGGUGGAUGGGGUACGACCGGAAGACGUGCCCGUUGUGCCGGACGCCGGUGAUUCCGGAGGAUAUGCAGGAGAGCUUCAACGAGAAAUUCUGGGCGGCGUCCGGGAUCCCCGAUUUUUACGGCGAGUUCUCGCAGAUUGCUAGCUAGAAGAGGACGGCCGGCGGUCGCCCGGAUUCGCCGGAUAGCUUAAAAAAAGGGGGAAAUUGUGGGGAUAUGAUUUUUUUUUUUCGUUUCCCUUUCUUUACAUUUUUUUGUUUCUCUUUUUUUUUUUUUAACAAUCGACGGCAGGAGGAGAUGUGGAUGAAAUUGGUGGGGUGAGAUUCUUGUACAUAUUUUACAUAAGAAAAAAGAAACAAGAAAAUGAAAUGAGAUGAGAUGAAUUUGAGGACUCAAAAAGAGUUCUGUGAUUUUGUAUGAGCAGUGAAGUGUAUUACACCAUUUGUUCACUUUUAGAAUAACAAUUUGUUUUUUUG